GUGAGGUGGCGCCUCCGCUCGCCGGGCGAAGAAGGGACACGUCUGAGGAGGUCGAGGGAAGGAGAAGGCGAAGAAGGAGCAGUGUACAGAAAUCAUCAAUCUGCUGCCAGGAGUUGGAGCUUAUGCUUAGGUGUUCGGGAGCAGGGCUGAGCAAACAAACAACGGAUAAUUACAGUUGGUAUAGAUUGUAAAAUUUACACAGGAUAAGAGUUUUCUCUUCAGUUGUAAACUUUUGAAGUCAUCCAUAGUUAAGGCUUCUACAGCAUCCCCUGCCCUCUAGUUCCUUGGGGGUCAAAAUGUCCAACCAUCACAUGGCGCACAUGGGCCAUGAUAUGAAUAGCUCAACAACGCCCACCCCAGAUCCUCACGCACACCAUCAUGCCAUGACAUCAUCGGGGCAUAUACAUGACGGAGGGAUGAUGAUGAUGAUGGAUAUGACCUUCCACUUUAGUUAUAACAACGUGCCUUUGCUGUUUUCCGGGCUUGUCAUCAACACUGCUGGAGAAAUGGCUGGUGCAUUUGUGGCCAUUUUCCUCCUGGCCAUGUUCUACGAAGGCCUGAAGAUUGCCCGAGAGAGCCUCCUCCGGAAGUCGCAAGUCAGCAUCCGCUACAACUCCAUGCCAGUUCCUGGACCAAAUGGCACAGUCUUGAUGGAGACACACAAAACAGUUGGGCAACAGAUGCUGAGCUUCCCUCACCUCUUCCAAACCGCGCUGCACAUCGUCCAGGUGGUGGUCAGCUACUUCCUUAUGCUUAUCUUCAUGACCUACAAUGGCUACCUCUGCAUUGCCGUGGCAGCAGGCGCUGGGACAGGCUACUUCCUCUUCAGCUGGAAGAAGGCUGUGGUGGUGGAUAUCACAGAGCAUUGCCAUUAACACCAGGCAACGGGUCCAGGCCUUUCCCUACAGCCUCUGGCAGGGACCAGGUGCAGCCCCAGUAUUACUGGAAACCAGGCCAAGAACAUCCCAUGUGAUGCCCCCCCCCAACUUUCUGGGGAUGAAACCUGUGCCUCUCACUCCCCCCCCCCCCAUUUCCCCCUCCUUCCCAAUAAACAUGGGCUCCUGACUGGUGGAAAGAGUGCUGAUUGCCAGCUAAGAUAGCCUGCUUAGGAUGGUUGGCUUUAUAUGCUAGAUACAAUUAGUGUGCUUGAUUGUGCUUUUUUGUUUUUAGACUGUACCAUGAUUGAAAAUAGCUGGCAAGCUGACAGGAAAAUUAUUCCACGUACUUUUCAUAAUACUUUCAAGUAGCAUAUGCUCUCUCUUUUUUUUGCAGGGGUGGGGUGGACAGGGUGCAAGUGGAUGGCCAUACUCAAAUCAGUGGUAGCAUAAAGGUACAGAGAGCUUCAGUCAUUGUGCCAGUACUUCUUUCUGGUAAUAUAACAGAGGCCUGUGCCAUUUGCUUGGAGGCUCUUGAUCACUUGUUUCCUCAAUGUUUGAGUCUAGUAUUGUGCUCUUCUCCCAAACCCCCAAGCCAAGCAGUUUAUGCUGCCCUGGUUUUGGGCAGCCUGUUGCCUCUGGUCCAGGAACUGGUGCAGCACCUGCUUUCCAGAACAGCAGUGGGCCUCUACACAUCAGCCAGGGGUAAUAGGCCAACUGCUAGGAACAACACAUAGCUCAUGUGCAACUGGGACCUGCUGAUUUAACGAUGGGUUGUGCAAAAAUGAAUGCAAAUGAAACCAGUUUUCAAAGUAGCAAGUUCUAUUUUAAAUAAACUGAUGGAACAAAACAC